AUGUUUAUCGCUUUCCUCGGCUGGACGCUGCAGCGUACUCACGAUAAAUUACAUGUGAGCCUCAUAUCAGAGUGGGCUGAAAGUGGGAACGUGAUGAAUUUCUUGUGCCGUCAUCCACAUGGGGACCGACUUCAUCUUGUCCGGGGAGCAUGUCGAGGAUUAGCUUAUCUUCAUUCAUCCGGCAUAGUUCAUGGAGAUAUCAAACCAGUGCGUUCAUCUGUCAUUUCGUACCGUUGUUGCUAA